CUCCGUCCUCCUUCUCACCUCCAUGCCAGGCGCUUAUCUAUGUACACUAGAUUCACCGCUGCAGCACGUCACAUGGCCUACGGGAGGCGGAAGUAGACGUUAAAAAUAACAACAACAACAACGAUGACGACGACGACGACGACAACAACAACACCCACUACCGUUCCGACCUUCUACUCGAGGGUGAGGGUGGAAGAGCCCUUGCGACCAGAGCCAGAAGGCACGCACCACCCUCGGGAUCGAAAACAGCCAUCGAAGCGACCAUCCGGAUCACAGGUUCCUGUUACACUGCCGCGAGCUGACGCAUACCGCAGGCCUGACCCCUCAGAAUCCUUCCGGGACUUCUCCGAGAUGCUGUUUACGGGUGUACAGGCGAAGCGUACAUUGACAUCAUGAUACACUGUAGAGUCAAUGACGCUGAGUGAUGCUGCGAUAUGUGUAAGCGAACCAGGAUCAUGCUGACCGUGACCAGACUGAACGCCAGCUCGAGGAUAAAAGGCGUCGAUGGCCAGCGUGUCUGGUCCCAAAUCCAUCAGCAGAUCAGUCUCAUCACCGCUCUCCAGAAGCAGUACUCAAACUACCCUCAGCAAGAUGCGCUUCACGGGAUCGCUCCUCGCCUUGGGCAUUGCCCUCGUAUCGGCUGUUCCUCUUCAGGACAGCCCCCGCCAGCGCCUUCUCGACGGCAAGCCUCUGCCCUCCAAGUACCGCACCCGGAGUGUCAGCGUCACGGACCCAUACACCCCAUCGUAUCGUGAUCCGUAUGACACCGCUGUCGACUCUGUCGGUGAGGGUCUCGAUCCUCUUCCCUUCCGGAACGGCAAGGGAGCUAGCGUCCUAGGACCAUGGAACAAGGACCGCUCCCGCCAGAAUCCUGACUUGGUCCGCCCACCCAGCACCGACCACGGCAACCUGCCCAGUCUGCGUUGGAGCUUUGCCGACUCCCAUAUACGUAUCGAAGAAGGAGGCUGGACUCGCCAGACCACUGUCCGUGAGCUCCCCACUAGCGUUGAGUUGGCUGGCGUCAACAUGCGCCUCGAAAAAGGCGUCAUACGCGAGUUGCAUUGGCACAAGGAGGCCGAGUGGGCCUAUGUCCUCGAGGGCAAGGUCCGCGUGACCGCUUUGGACUACGAGGGCGGCAACUUCAUCGAUGACCUGGAAAAGGGCGAUCUCUGGUACUUCCCAAGCGGCAUCCCCCACUCUCUCCAGGGCUUGGGCGACAACGGCACCGAGUUCCUGCUCAUUUUCGAUGACGGAAGUUUUUCCGAGGAGUCCACCUUUCUGGUCACGGACUGGCUUGCCCACACCCCCAAGUCGGUUAUCUCCAAGAACUUUCACCUGGCCCCAGAGGUCUUUGCCCACCUCCCCGAGAAGGAGAAGUACAUCUUUCAGGGCUCGCAGCCGGGAUCCAUCGACCAGGAAAGACCCGAGGGCAGCAAUGUCAAGAAGUCCAAGUACCAGUUCACCCACAAGAUGCUCGCCCAGGACCCCAAGGUCACCUCGGGUGGUCAAGUGCGGAUCACCGACUCCAAAAACUUCCCCGUCUCCAAGACCGUGGCAGCGGCCCACGUCAUCAUCGAGCCCGGUGCGCUGCGCGAGAUGCACUGGCAUCCCAACGCCGACGAGUGGUCCUACUUCAUCAGCGGACGUGCCCGCGUGACCGUCUUUGCUGCCGAGGGUAACGCCCGCACGUUCAACUACCUGCCUGGAGACGUCGGUAUUGUGCCCAGGAACAUGGGACAUUUUGUUGAAAAUAUUGGCGACGAGCCGUUGGUCAUGCUCGAGAUCUUUAGGGCUGAUGAGUUCCGGGAUAUUUCUCUGUUCCAGUGGCUGGGUGAGACUCCCCAGCGCCAGGUGGCUGACACGCUGUUCAGUGAUGAUGAGGAGGCGCGACAGAAGUUUUUGGAUGCGAUUAAGAAUCCCAAGAAGGAUGAGGUCACCCAGGGUACUGAGGCUCAGUAAAGUGAGUGAGUUUGUGGGGAGACAUUGGCGGGGCUGCAUUUGUGGUUCUGCAUUAGGUUUGGUUUGAGGACAGUGAGUGGUUAGGACUGAUCUGCAACCUACCUACGAUUUGUUCCGAUGUUAUGACUUAUGUAUCCAGCUAAAUUUCAUUCCAAAAAGUGUGUAUCUCUACCAAAUUUCUUCCUUUGUCGCUGUUAUCUCCCGUGAGCACUCCAACUUGGGGCGAUUUCAAUCAAAGACAGAUACCCGCCUACUUCCCCG